AUGGUAUUUAUAAAAAGAAAGAAAUCAAUUGGACCAGAUGGAAGGGUACUCAACAAUAAGCCUGGAUCCAGUGCAUUCAAACAACAAAAGAUGAAUGCAUGUGAGUUUAUACCAUCGAUGAAGAGUAUGAUUAUAUCAUUCUUGACAAUUGGAUUGGUAUUCUUACCAAUUGGUAUUGUGUUGUUGGCAGCAUCACAUCGUGUAACAGAGACUAGUCAGCGAUAUGAUUUGACAUGUCCAACUGGAAGUAGAUGUAACAUCACGAUGAAUAUACCCAAGACUAUGAAGGCACCAGUAUAUCUAUACUAUCAAUUGGAUGAAUACUAUCAGAACUUGAGACGAUAUGUCAAAUCUAGGAAUCUGAACCAACUAAGAGGCAAACAUGUCACAGACUAUAAGAAGUUGAAGAAUGAUUGUUAUCCAUUCUCAUCUGUCAACGAGACCCUCGAGACUGUCUAUCAACCCUGUGGACUAGGUCCAAGAUCAAUGUUCAAUGAUACUUAUGUAUUGUAUCAGAAUGGUAGGAUCAUUCCAAUGACAAAACAAGGUAUCGCAUGGCAGGCUGAUAUAGAUUAUCGUUUCAAGAAUCCUCCAAGAGGUAUCCCAGGUCCAAGAAUCAUUCCAGAUUAUACCGAUGAGGACUUUAUUGUUUGGAUGAAGACUGCUUCAUUCCCAAGAUUCAGAAAGCUACAUAGAAUAAUCAAUGAGGACAUCCAAAAGGGACAGGCAAUAAUCAAUGUUGAGGCCAAUUAUCCAGUUCGACAGUUUGGAGGACAGAAGUCUGUGGUGUUAUCCAAGACUAAUUGGUCUGGAGGCAGGAAUCAUUUCUUGGGAAUUGCAUUCAUUGUAGUUGGAGUAUCAAUGCUUGUACUUGGUAUCAUCAUGUUACUCAAACAUAAGCUUGCACCUAGGAGAAUAGCCGAUCCAAAGUACCUAGUAUUCCGUUGA